UCAAUAUCCUCGAAUUAUCUGCCAACACCCCUCAUUUACCUUCUCAAUUCUCGAUUGGAACUUCAGACAAGAUGGGAGUCGGUCGAAAAUUAGGCAAGAAGCAGGGCAUGCCCGAGCCGCUCGAUGAAGCGCACUUUACGAAUUUGAAGAGAAAAGCUGGGAUGAGCGUUGCGGAAUCGAGAGCAGAGAGCCAGCAGUAUUUGAAGAAGAGAAAAACGAAUGGCUCUGGGUCAAAACAUAAGAAGGAGAUUGGCAAGAAGAGUUCAGUCAAUGGAAAGGAAAAUGGGAAAAAGGCGUCCGCGAACGGGAAAGAAAAGAAGAAGCCUUUCACAAAUGUCCUCCCACCAACACCUGUGAAGAAGAGUACAAAACCAGAGAAGGUGCCACUACCGGACUCCGACGAGGAUUUGGAUCUUGACUCGGGUGAAGAAGCAGGACUGCUGGGCGAUGAGUUCGAAUUAUCUGGCGACAGUGAGGAGGAGGGAAUUGCUGGUUUGCGCGACGACUUUUUGGAAUCCGGGAGUGAGGUUUAUGAUUCUGAUGAUGAUCAUCAACAUAAAGCUAUGUUCUCGGAAGAUGAGGACGAGUCUGAUGCGGAAGAGAAGCUCACUGCGGCGAACAUUGCUGGUUUGACGAGAAAAUUGGAUGAGCAGAUGGCAGAGGAAGCAGCAGAUGCACAGGCAGAAUUGGAAGAGGCCGCUUUACAAACGAACAUUGCUGGUGACCGGCCACAUAUCCUGGAAGACUCGGACGAAGAAGGAGACGGCAUCAAGACGAAUGCAUUGUUAGCACCAGACUUACAGCUCCUGCGAACGAGAAUCAACGAUACGGUACGAGUCCUCGACGACUUCGCCAAUCUCGGAGAGGAAGAGCGAUCAAGAGCAGAAUAUACAGCACAAUUGAUCAAGGACAUAUGUGCAUACUACGGCUAUUCACAAUACUUGGCCGAAAAGCUGUUUAACCUCUUCCCACCGAAGGAAGCUUUUGCUUUUUUCGAAGCAAACGAAACGCACCGCCCCGUCGUCAUCCGCACCAACACCCUUCGCACCCAUCGUCGAGACCUGGCACAAUCCCUCAUCAACCGUGGUGUGACUCUCGAACCAGUAGGAAAAUGGUCAAAGAUUGGUCUGCAAAUCUUCGAAUCUGCAGUUCCUCUCGGUGCUACUCCCGAAUACCUGGCCGGACACUACAUCCUCCAAGCAGCAUCUUCUUUUCUCCCCGUUAUGGCUUUGGCACCACAAGAGAAUGAACGAGUUCUCGAUAUGGCAGCUGCUCCUGGUGGAAAGACAACACACAUUGCUGCGUUGAUGAAGAACACUGGCUGCAUCUUCGCCAAUGAUAGCAACAAAUCUCGUGCCAAGGGUCUGAUUGGUAACAUUCAUCGUUUAGGUGCCAAGAACGUUAUUGUAUGCAAUUACGACGCGCGAGAAUUCCCCAAGGUCAUUGGAGGAUUUGACCGAGUGCUGCUUGAUGCUCCUUGUUCAGGGACAGGAGUCAUUGCCAAGGAUCCCAGCGUGAAGACGAAUAAGACGGAGAAGGAUUUCCUCAUGCUCCCACAUCUGCAGAAGCAAUUACUACUGUCGGCUAUCGAUUCCGUUGAUUAUGCCAGCAAGACUGGUGGGUAUAUUGUUUACUCUACUUGUUCAGUCACAGUGGAGGAGAAUGAGCAAGUUGUGCAAUAUGCAUUGAACAAGAGACCAAAUGUCAAGCUAGUAGAGACAGGGCUGGUGUUUGGUAAGGAAGGCUUCACUGCAUACAUGGGCAAGUCAUUCAGUCCAAGCAUGAAGAUGACAAGACGGUACUACCCCCACGCCUACAACGUGGAUGGAUUUUUCGUCUCGAAGUUCAAGAAGUCUGGUCCAUCACCAAAGGGCUCUACUGGCGGAAUGAACCUUUCUCUAAAGAAAGCAGAAGACGACGAGAUGGACGUCGACAGAGAGCCCGUUCCGGAGACAGAAGAAGAAGAGGCGGAGGAAGUGGCAUUUGGCGGAUGGGAUGAAGAGGAAGAUGAGGCGUAUAUCGAGAGAGCGAAGCGGAACAAGUUGAAGCGGAGGGGUAUCAAUCCCAAGGCGGGUGUGAAGAGUAAAAGUGACGGCGUCAAGGGGAACGGGAAUAAAAGUAAAGAUACCUAGGUAGUGAGUAAUGAAGAUUUCUGCGUCUCAUGGUAGCAC